UUGCAAGUUUCAUAUUAUUUUACUGAUUUACAAAGGAAACACAAUUUUACGGGAUGGGUCUCGAUUAUUACGGUAUUCUGAGUGUUAAGCGUAAUGCUUGCCAGCUCGAUAUCAAGAAAGCCUACCGCCGAUUGGCACUCAAAUACAACCCAGAGAAAUACGAUAACGAUCACAAUAUGAAGAAAGUCUUCGCUCUCGUGGGCGAAGCGUACGAAGUACUAGUAGACCACAAGCACAGGGCGGUAUAUGACCAGUACGGAGAGGAGGGCCUGAAGCGAGGCGUGCCGGGUCCAACAGAGUAUAUCCAACCGUACGUCUACCACGGAGAGCCUUUGAGGACGUACCACGAGUUCUUCGGGACUACGAAUCCUUAUGCCGAUCUCUUAGACUAUUACGAGCACCCAUCUUCGAUUUUCGACUCCCCCCUCGGGAAAGGCUACAAGGUGAAAGACAAGGACAUAGUUCGACCGCUCGCAUUGUCCCUCGAGGAGGUUUACAGAGGAGGAACAAAGAAAAUGAAGAUACAACGAUUGGUUUUCACGGACGAGAGCUGCUCGGAAUUAAAGCUUCGGGAGAAAGUAUUGUCUAUCCCUUUCCCUCCCGGCAUUUAUACGAACACAGAGAUCAGGUUUAAGGAGGAAGGCGAUCAGGGCCCGACCAGAAUACCGGCAGAUGUGGUCUUCGUAACCGAGGAUAGAAAACACGAAACGUUCUCUAGACGCGGGCAGAGCGAUCUACUCAUGGUCCAUAAGAUAACACUACAAGAAGCCCUCUGCGGUUUUACUCUGACCAUAAAAACCUUAGACGAUAGAACGCUGCGCAUCAACAUUACUGACGUCAUCACCCCGGAUUACGAGAAGAUCGUCGAGGACGAAGGACUACCCGUGUACGAGUGCCCCGGUAAAGUCAAAGGGAUCCUCAUCAUACGAUUCGAGAUAGCAUUCCCGAAAUAUUUGUCGAAGAAAAAUAAGAUUGCCUUUGAAAAGGUGUUUGGGGAAAUUGAGGACGAAGAGAAAUUCGAUGGAUGCUUUAAGAAAUAAUUUUGUGACAAAAUACUUAUAAAGAUAGUAAAAGGUAUAA